UUUUUUUUUCUUCUCUCUUUUUCUCUCUUUUUCUUUUUCUUUUCUUCUUAAUAUCCAUUUAUUUUCCCAGCUCCAUGACUUUAUAGAAAAAGAAGGAUAUGGUCUCUGAAUUCCAACCCAUAGCAACCAACAACAAAAGUUAUCAAUCUACCAAACGAGGAAACGAAUAUUACGAACGUCAACUUUAUCUGGAUGCCAUUUCCGAGUAUUCCAAAGCUAUCGACUAUGCAGGUGCUGCUACAGGAAUGGAGGGUGAUGAACAAGAUAAUUAUUUGGCUUUACUUUAUUCCAAUCGAUGCGCUUGUUACUUAUUAUCUCAUCAAUAUGCUUUGGGUCUAUCAGAUGCUGAAAAAGUCAUUGCACUGGCUCCAGCUUGGGCAAAGGGUUACUUUCGUGUUGGGGAAGCCAAGUUGAAACUAGGACAAUACGAUCAAGGUAUUCAAUAUUAUAGACAAGCUUUGGAAAAGGAACCAGGAAAUCCAGAUAUUAGUCAUAAAAUGGGAAAAGCUGUAAUAGAAAAGGAUAAUCAAGAUAUGGGUAUCAAAAUCAUUCAAAUUCAACCAGGACAAGAUAUUGCUCUUGAACGUCAAUUCCGGAAUCCUAUUCAACGACGUAUUUUUGAUUUUGCAAAACAUAUGCGAAAUAUUAUCUAUGCAGUGGUGGAUUUAGAUACUAAACAAUGUGCUGUGGUGGAUGCGUGUUGGGAUAUUGAUGGGCUUUGUCAACUAUUAGAAAAAGAAGGAUAUGAAAUUGUGACGUGUAUAGUGACCCAUGCACACUUUGAUCAUGUAGGUGGAUCACCCCCAGCACCUUAUGAUACACUUCCUAUCAAGAUUUCUGGAUUAGCGACUCUAUUGAAACGGUAUCCUCACAUCAAAGCAUAUAUUCAUCCCCAUGAUAUUCCAACGGUACGACAAAGCAACAGUUCAAUCCCGGCCAAUCGAUUAGUACCUACAUGCACAGCAGAAAUCACCUCCUCACUUACUAUUGGACGACGUACGCAUAUUCAAUUCCUUCAUACCCCUGGUCAUACCCCCGGAUCACAAUCAUUAUUAGUCAAUGAUGCUCGUUUAAUUGCUGGCGAUACUUUAUUAUGCGGUGGAUUAUGUGGACGUACGGAUUUACAAGGUGGUGAUCGACGGAAAUUAGAAGAUACGUUACGCAAUACAUUAGGAAGAUUGGAUGAUCGGAUUGUGGUUUAUCCUGGUCAUAAUUAUGGUGUAGAUUGGUCAACGAUUGGUAUCGAACGUGAAAAGGGAUGCUUAGGUGACGAUCUUGUAGGGUUUGGUAUGCAUCCUCCUUCUUCUUCGUCUUCUUCUUCAGCAACUGGCAAGAUCAACAGAACAAAUAGUCGAUAUAGUUAUAGUCAUCAUAGUAGUAUUCAUAGUAGUCAUAGCGAUGAAAGUGAUAGAUUCAAUGAUUCAUCAAGAAAUAAAAGUAGCGUUGAUAGUAGAAUAUAAUUUUUUUUUGUAAUAAAGUUUUUGUUAAUCCUC